AUGAAGACUUGGUCGGAGAAUCCCUCAAGUCAGCUUCCAAGCGAAUCGGAUCGGCUCAGCUCCAAUGCCGGGGGUCUACGCCGGCAGCAGAGUAUUCGAUUUGUGAAGCAAGGGGCUCGAACCAAGCGAAAGCAAAGUCAAAUCAACGAUGACUCUUCUGAUAUAGGGACUGUUUGUCACCGGAGCGUCCUCAAAGAUGUUGCCAAUCAGCCUGCUAGCCGAACUUGUCGUACUGCCGAGCGUCCAUUUGUGAGCACUUAUACGACCAACUACAUCAAUUCUUUACCUCCGAGCGAAUCAUUCGGGUCUCCAGACGAAUGUGCACCUGCUCCAGCAUCGUACCGAAGACUGCGCAAGUCACGCUCAAUGUUUGCCCCCUUGAAUCCGAUCGGUCUGCGCCGACCAAGCAAGACAUACUUCAGCGAGUCUCCGGAGCAGGAGAAUGUACAGCCUGCUUUGGGACGACAGUCUAUGCAAGACAUGAAGGAGAACAAGCCAUCACCGAAGAAGAUUCUUGGGCUGAGGAACCCAAAGUCAAUGAGCUUUCUCAAAAUUCGGGGCGUUCUGGAUUCUGACAGACUUGGGAGCCGACAGCAGAUCGAUUUGGCAGUCCAAGAAGCCGAGGACAGUUUCCGCAAAGACGUCGAGGAACAACGGCAAUCGAAACCGCGACCAUCGACGAUAUUCUCGAAAGCAAAGAAAGGUCAGGCGUCUCUGAGUUUACGCCGAUCCAUGAGAGACUUCAGUGCCGAUGUUCAAUCGCUUGGCCCGGAAAAUGGUUUCGUGAUCAAUAAGGACGCUUCUCUUCGAAAGAAGGCCCGAAAAGUCUCAAGCAGUCUCAAAAGCAAAUUGAAAGAUAUGUUCCGCCGGAGUAAGAAGGAUGAUUUGGUUGUGGAAGCUAGCGGGCCUCCUUCAAAGGUUUCGAACGUAGUCCAAGAUCUCGUUGGCGUUGACAACGAACAGGACGAUGCAUACAUGGACAUUGCGGACCCUGUGUUGUUGGACGAGUGUUCGAUCUCACAAGUGCCUUCACGAGUCCCGUCUCUUCACGAUGCUUCCCCAACCCAGAAGCUUCACUCGCGAAAAGGAAGCAUAGAGAGCAUUGGAGGUGAAAGAAAGGCAUCAGAUGAGAAAUCUCGCGUCACCAGUUGGACGAGCUCGGGCACUCAUACUCUUAACAGUCAAAGUACUUGGGGCGGGGAGCGGGAGCGUCAGCGGCUGUCCGUCAUCAAAGAGAUUGGACCACAUAAGUCCUCAUCUUCUUUCCAGCGACCAGGCCUGGCUGACCGUAACCCAUUCAAGUCCGAACCACCACCUCCGCAACAGGAUGAACUCGUCCGCCUCGGCCCAUCAGUCGAUAGCGCCAGAGUCUACUCCGCCCUCAUGAAGCGAUUGGACGAAUGCAAGCAAAUAAGUCAACGAGAAGAGCAGCUACGGCAUGGUAGUGAUGGGAGUACCGGUCUCAAUUGGAACGGCAAAGUUGGUUCGUCGACAUCUCUCGGCGGCCAGGAACUUGACGAAGCUACGAAUCAAGACCUACCAACCAUAAGAUGUGUUUUACAAGAGGACGACGUUUUCCAUGACAGUCCAUGGGAGCAAAGAUUGAAAACAGUGGUUGAGACCGAAGGCCCUCAGUCGGCUCAUGAUGAAGCGGUAUCCCCAUCCGAUAGUACAAUGCAUCAUCGCCAGCGUUCGGCUUCUGAGACUACCUUUGAAGCUUACAAGCCUUACUCAAGACCCGUGGCCGGGGUCGAAACAGGCCACUCGCCCUCGAAGCCGUAUAAUUUGCAGGGCGAUAAGACCGCGAAUCCACCAAGAGCAUUGUCUAAUCGCAGUUCGGCUUUCUUUGGCAGCCCGACUUGCCAUCUCUUCCGCACCACGAGUCCAUAUCGCAAGGUCUUGCAAGAGAAGACACCCUCUAUGCCCAACAGUUUGGAGGCUGUUGCGAAGGAUCUCAGUCCUAAUGCUACACCCGUGAUUAACACACAUCAAAUACGCUACUUGCCAAGUGGCUCUUAUACCUAUACACCGACAAUGCCACAGAGCCGAACGGUCUCAAACGCAAGUUCUGUGGAGUGGAAGACUUGGCUCUCUGCCAAUGCGGCGCAUACCGACGCUAAGUUGGCCAAUACUGGAACUCAGCACCUGACGGAAGUUCGUCACGCAAAGACAAGUAUGCCUAGAAGCUUGGGUCAUGUGCGUGAGCGCGCAGAGAUUGCGGACCCUGAAUCUCCAACUUUGUACAGAGCUAUGGGCACAGGAAAGGCCAAACUGCAAACGCCACUAAGAGUGACGAGCCACAAUCCACGUCAAGUGUCGUCUGCCAGCCGCGUUGAGCUUGGCAUAGACGAUUCAAAGUUCUCCACACCUUUGAGAGACGAGAACACGAUCCCUGAGACGGGCGGACGCGUGGCUAGGCGUCUUCGUGGCAUCUACAACCCUCCACCAAUUCCGCCCAGAAGCUCUUUGAGGACGACUCCUUCGAUGCCGGUUUUGCAGUCUCGUCUUUCUCAUAGCAACUUACCCGUUAAAGCCGUAGAUCGACAAGCUUCCAAGGUUCGCAGCAUGGACGCCAUCCCAAAGGCCCAAAAUUUCGAGUCCCCCUUCCAGCCCAAGACACGAUCUCCGGUCAAAUUAGUCAGACGCACCGGAAUACAAAAAGGGCUUCAAUCGUCUGCUUCCAGCCCAGGGUUGACAAUCGAGAAACAAUUCGGUCCCAUGCUGGCUAGUCAUGAUGGCGGGUCUCCCAGGGAGAGGCGGGGGUCCGUUCGUCGGCUACUAGACUCCAGCGACUCGCAUGAUGGUGAGAGAUCCGAUACCGCGAGCCUUGACUGGAAGGCCGAAGCAGCUGGCAGCCAUCACUUGGUUGAGAAUUUUCUCAGCAGCAGGCGUCGGCCACCAGUCCAUGGGGCGUUCGUAUGA